AGAACGCGCGACGUUGGCUCCAAGGAAUUCGAAGCCAAUGACACAGGCAGGAAACGAAUCGCACGGAUCUCCGGUGACCGACAAGAGCAGCUUCGGCGUGGCCAGCGUCGACGUCACGAAGCGUCUGCGAACGAAAGAAUGACUUUCGAAGACGCUCUCCACGAAAUUGGAGGCUACGGCCGCUUCAACAAGACGGUCUUAACGGCAGUGGUCGUUAUAGGAACGUGGCACGUGACCCUGGGCUACUUCGGACACUUGUUCCCGCUCCUGACUCCCGAGAGUCAAUGGUGCCUUAUUGGCGGGAAUGGGUCAGACUCGCUCGAUUUGCCAGGCAUGACGCGCGGCCCGUGUCAGUUUGUGACCGCGACGAACAACGUGUCAAAUAUGUCGGCCGUGGUGAACAAGGACGGGACGUGUGACACAGGAUGGGUGUACGACAUGAAUGAAUUGUUCGUGACUGUCACUAUGGAGAACAAUUGGGUAUGCGGAGAAAGCAACAAGUUAUACACCAUUCACACUUGCCACUGGAUUGGCUCUCUCGUGGGCUUUCUUGUGUCUGGCUUCGUAGCUGAUAGGUUCGGAAGGAAGAGGACAGUGAUCGGCCUACUUGCUGUAACGAUCAUCGCAAACCUGGGAUGCGUCUUUUUUUCCAGUCAUCUCUCGUUCUAUGUGUUCCGUUUCCUUGCUGGUGCAGGGACCUACACCAGCAGUACUUCAUCCUUUAUACUCGUAAUGGAAUAUACCGUUGCGACACGGAGGACCCUUGUGGCGUUUAUCUGGGGCGUCAGUUGGACCUUUCUCGCCACAGCUUAUCCCUGGUACGCCUACUACAUUUCCAACUGGAGGGGUCUCCUUCUCACCACCGUUGCGCUAGACGUCAUUCUACUGGUACUUUACUGGUGGGCACCAGAAUCUUCUUCGUGGCUUAUGGCCCGCGGGAAAAAGGAAAAGGCUUUAGCCUUGCUCAUGCGGAUCGCAAAGUUCAACGGUAAGGUUGUGCGAGCAGACCAUCUGGAGACGGCUCUCUUUCGGGCUUACGGCACCGACAUGUGGGGAGAGGUGAACCCGGACGGCAGCAAGCGCAGUUUCUUCCGGAACACCAUGGCGCUGUUGGAGACGCCCAGGAUUCGCAGGAACACCCUCCUUGUACUCGUUAUUCAGUCCUUAAUUACACUGUGCGGUUACGUGGGCUCACUGCAGCUGGGUAGAAUGGGCCUCGACGUGUACGCCACCUACUCCGUGGCUUCCGCUUUCGAGUUCCCCAUGAACAUCUUCUGCAUCGUGGCGUUGGACCGCGUUGGAAGAAGGUGGCCAAAUGUUGCCUUUGUGUUCAUCGGUGGCAUCACAUGUCUCGUCAUGACCGUUGUUCAGCCUGAAUCCACCGUAUGGACCUUAGUGAUGGCGGUGAUGUUUAUGACGUGCUUCAGCGGUGCCUUCAAUAUCACCUACCAGGUCUGCUCCGAGAUCUUCCCCACCGUGGUCCGUGCCAGAGCGGUCCUACUUCAGAGGGUCACCGGAGAACUUGGAAGUAUUCUCGGAACUGAAGUAGCCGCUACGGUGGAAUACAACCGUUACAUGCCCCUGCUAAUAUGUGGGGUUCUAUCGGUCAUCAACUCAUUCCUGCUCUUAUUCCUGCCUGAAACUGUGGGCAUACCACUUCCACAAACCAUCGAGGACGGAGAAAAUUUGGGAAAGGAUCGAGGCCUCUGCUUCUGUCCUUGCCUGUCCCAGGAGAAAUCGCCUCCCGAAAUGUGCCGUCACGGAGAAUAUGUGCAAAAUGGAGACCCACCAUGCGCUGCUGUUGAGUGGAGGGUUGAACAAUCUGCGCUUUAAUGUAGACCCUAAUCUAGAAUUAUCACUGGGUUGUUGCAGACGAGGGCCCACGUAGUACGUGCAUGACUUCUGGCUGCGUGUACGAUGACACAGUUCUAUAGCUACGACCUCCGAGAACAAUGAUCAUCACCUUCAUCCAGAACCAUCCCCUCCACUGAUCCAUCGGUGACAGAGCUUAUAUUGAUAUGUAUAGGCUUAAAUAAUGUUUUCUGAUGUUGCAGACCUCGGCCAUUUCAGCAGAGCCCUAGCCUGGAAAGCAUGCGAUAUAGUGUUACAGGUAGUGUGUGUAUAGUGUUAUACAGUAAACCCUCUUUAAUAUGACCCCCGAUAAUCUGACAUACGCGCUUUACGGCCAUAACUCCUGGGCAGCAAUGCAGUGAAACCUCUCCAAAUCCCCCCGUUAAUAUGACAAUUCCGCAUUAUGACCAAAAUUUUCGGGAACGACCGCGGUCAUCAUAACGAGGGUUCACCGUAGUGUUAUAGUGUUAGUUACAUGGGAUGUCGCGUGCGUCGCAUGCAAACUAACUGCUAAAAACGGGCUGCUAAAAAUGUGGGAACCCCGCGACUAUUCCGUGUCUUACUUUGGGCUCUACAGUUAAACGAAAAGCCAUGUUGAAGUCAAUUGUUUGGUGGAGUACCGGGCACAGGAAGCGGUAAUGGGACCAAGUAAGUUCUUUGACGACUUCGCGUAACGCAAUAUUGCGUGACCUACGCUUUUUUUAAUGCUACGCGUUUACGUAGCAGCGCAAUGGAAUUGUGUUUUGAUCUUGUCAAGCUGCUUCUUGCAGCUUUUUUCACUGGCCACAUUGUACCUGCUACAACGUGAAAUAAAGUUUAAAUUCAAUCCAACUUCAA